AUGAAAUCUUGGAGGUUUAGAAGGGCCCAAAGCGUACCAGAUGUGUACUCAAGAGUUGUAAAUGUGGUGUUUCUCGGUGCUGCUGGGGUUGGAAAAAGCAGCCUUGUUCGGAGGCUACUGGAUAGAGAAUUCAUGGAAGAUUAUGUGCCUACUGUAUACGAUGUGUUUCAUAAGGAAAUCAUCAACGAUAAUGGCCGAGUGAAUUUUCAAAUUACUGAUAUGUCGGGAUACUAUUCGUUCCCUCCAAUGCGAAGGAUCGCCAUCUCGAAAAGCAACGUAUUUGUUCUCGUGUAUGAAAUUGGAAAUAGCAAGUCGUAUGAAGAGGUCAAACGACUGAAGGACGAAAUAAUUGAAUUGAAAGGAGAUUGCGGUGCAGGUAUCAUUAUAGUUGGAAACAAAACUGACGUUAAAACCCACGCAAAAACAUUGGACGUUGAGAAAGAGGACGAUCUUAUUGCCUCGUCCUUUACAACUUUAAAAAUAUCAGCCAAGACAGGGGAAAGUGUAUUCCAGCUCUUGCAGUCAAUACUGGACUUAAGUAACAAACAGAUCCCUGUUAAUGUCAGGAGAAGACAGUUUAGUCAAAAUAAAGCAUCGAGAUCGUUAAAAGCAAUUUCUAUCAAAUGGUGA